GAUCGUCUUCGCGUAUUUCUACCAACAUGGCCACAACCCGGUUGCUCCACAAUGAGUCGCGCCACUUUUCACCCAUUCCCGAACCUGCCUGUCGAAAUCCGGCUGCAAAUCUGGGAAGAUGCAUGUUUUGAUUGGAGCUGUGGCCGCUCUGGUCUGCACUAUAUCAAAUUGGAUGAGAACCGGCAACUUGCCCCCCUGAACUGCGAAUGGCAAACGACUGGUCCAAGAAACAGAUCGGCAUAUCUAUGGCACGCAGGUCUUUGGACUGCUUGCAAAGAAUCUCGAAAUAUUGCUGCAAAGCAUUGGAGUAAUCAGGGUUGGCCAGAUUUCCAGGAGAACACCAAGGAUAAAAGUCUUGGUGAUGUCAUCGGGUUCGAUACGUCAUUUCCUCCUCCUGUUAUCCUUCGCACAGGACUUAUACACAGGAAAGGCGACUAUGAACCCUGGCAUCAAGUCGCUGAUAUGCACAGUGAUAUAUUUUGCGUCACCGCUGAGUCAUGGGAACCACUGGUCAGGAACUGGAAACCCCUUCAUGUCGAGGCCGAGGAUGAAUGGGGGCGCCACUUUAUUGAAGAUGUUACCAACAUCGCCGUUGACUUUGACCCGUCAUGGAACCUGUUGCUCAAAAAUUUCACCCCGGAUAACCGCAUCAAGGACUAUCCUCCGGCUUUGGGCUUUUUAAUCAGAUUACUUUUAGACCAGGCCUAUGACAAGGAACACAGGAAGAGGGUUCAACUUAUCGAUAGAAACGUUCUAUGGAACGUCGAUAAUGAACGACUGGCUUGUCGUCCGAUCUACGUGGAUUGCAAUCACGAAUAUUUCGAAGUACAUUCCUUUGACCUCCAGUGGGAUAGUCCACUGUCUCAUUUUCUGUCCUUGCUCGAUAGUUUGAUAGGCGACAAGUUGACCAAGAUCGAGUACGGAGAGCAGAGCUUCAAGUAUUCUUUAAGCGAAUCGGAUUGGGAGCAGGACGAUCGACUCUCUCCGGAAGUACUAGACACAAACGACUACCAGCACUCCCGGGGUGGCCAUGGCCACGGGCGUGGUGGCGCUUCGCGCUCUUCGACCUCCUCGCGUCGCCCUUCGGGGCAGCAGCAGCAACAGCAGAAGCCGGCAGCCGCUCCGGCGGCGAAGCCAAAACCUAUUCCUGAUUCUCGCGAAGAAGCCGAGGCCCGAGUCAAACAACCAUAACAAAUUUAAGUAUUGUAUGGUCACGGUCAUUGCUGACAGGAGACAACCAAACAGUCACAUUUCAAUAACAUGAAGAAGUACGGAAAUGCCUACAAAUGCGUUCUUCCAAUCGGGCUACUGCUAUUCAUCAUACGAUGCUAGCAACUUGAACUACACGUAAGGCAUGAACGGCAUGAGUGGCCUUCAAGGCAUGGGCAUGAACAGCAUGAGUGGCUUUGGAAGUGCUUUGGCUAAGGCUCCAAUACCAUGGCCAUCUAAAACGUUCCAUCAAAGAGUUGACCUGCUUCAAGCCAUGGUCCUUCUGGAUAGUACAAAAAGCAGUUGGUCAUCACAUAAAAAGCCUGUUGAAUUAAGAUAAACAUAGUCG